UAACUAGAAAGUUUGGAGUUGUUCAACAUUUUCCACAAAACCCAAUCCAUUCUCAUAAUGCCUCUCUUCUUCUCCCUACGUCUUCUCUUCUUCUCCGCCAUCAUCGCCCUCCUCGCUUCCAUCGUUCUCUACCGGUUCGACACGUUUGACCCAGCUCCUCUUCCUUCCGAUGCAUUAGUAUACUCCACUGACUCUAUCCCACCGCUUAUCAACAACCAGUUUCUAACCGGAGCUGAGUUUAUCGGUGCUGGGCUUCUCAACAGCCCCGAGGAUAUCGCCUACCACAGAGACUCGGGACUCAUCUAUACUGGUUGUGUUGAUGGAUGGGUGAAACGAGUCAAGGCUUUCGAGUCAGCUAAUGACUCUGUAGUAGAGGACUGGGUCAAUACCGGCGGUAGACCACUCGGCCUCGCUUUUGGACUACACGGUGAAGUAAUUGUAGCAGACGCAUACAAGGGGCUGUUGAAUAUAAGCGAUGACGGGAAGAAGACGGAGUUGUUGACAGAUGAAGCGGAAGGAGUGAAGUUCAAGCUCACUGAUGCAGUCGCCGUUAGAGAUAACGGCAUUUUGUAUUUCACAGAUGCUUCUUACAAAUACAACCUCCAUCAUUUUGCGUUUGAUAUAUGGGAAGGCAAACCACAUGGUCGACUCAUGAGCUUUGACCCCAUUACACGAACCACACGUGUCCUACUUAGAGACCGUUACUUCUCUAAUGGUGUCUCUAUGUCUCCUGACCAAACCCAUCUCGUCUUCUGCGAAACCCCCUUAAGAAGAUGCAGCAAGUAUUACAUCAACGAGGAGCGUGUGGAGGUGUUUAUUCAAAGCUUACCAGGUUAUCCAGAUAACAUCCGGUACGAUGGAGAUGGACAUUACUGGAUUGCAAUGCCUUCGGGAGUAACAACUUUGUGGAAGCUCUCGUUUAGAUACCCUUUCAUAAGGAAACUCCAAGCCCUCGCGGCUAAGUACGGCUUCAACACCAUGAUUAUGGAGAAUGCUGGCGCUUUGCAGGUGGAUCUGGAUGGGAAGCCCAUCGCGUUGUACCAUGAUCCUAAACAUUCUCACGUAACCAGUGGAGUAAAGAUUGGGAAAUAUCUCUAUUGUGGGAGUCUUUUGGGUUCACACAUAGUCCGACUCGAUCUCCUCAAAUAUCCUGCACAAAAGAGGCUUUGAACUCUUCCGCUUAUUGUCAUGUCACUGCCACGCAAUGUAAACCCAUGGUCCAUGACAAAGAUGAUGAUAUGAUCUUUCUUUCUCGAAUAUUAGUAACGUGAAACAGUGAUUCCAAUAAAACUUUCAGUGUGUAGGACAUAGUAAUUCAUAUAUAAUGGUAUAUGGACCAGGCUAGUAUAUUUGUAACAUAAACCGAUCCAUUCAAAACCAAUUUGAUGGAAUAAGGCUAGUAUAGUUUCUGGUUGUAACAUAUAUACAAAAGGGGUUUUCGUGAUUUUAGUUUUUAU